CGGCCUCAGUCGCUGACUGCGGAGCCCGCGCCGGCUCUGAAAGUGGACUUGAGUUCUUGUAAUCAUCGCCUGGGGGCUUCUGCAUCAACUGUCUCUUUUUUGAGUCCUCCAAAUACCCAAGCCAAGCGUCUACUGUGUACAAUGCUGCCGGCUGGUGGGCUCUUUGAAAUAUAUUGGCCUCUCCUCCGCCCCGAUCUCCGCGGAGAUGUUCGCUUUAUUUUCCGGAGGACAUCGCCUCGGUACUCAUUUUAAUCGGCUCUGCUACACUGACAGCUGCGCCCACCCAUCUCAACUGGUGUUUCACUGCACCCUUCGCUCGGAUAGGAACGAAUGCUUUACUAGUGGGCAGCGAAACCCCCCACCGCGAAGGAGGUGCUCUCCUCUAAUAAUCGCCCACUCGGAGGACUGAGAUCCGGCGUGCGCCCCGCCUUGGCGAGGGGGUCUCCGUAGGAUUUAUGGGCAAGUGGAAACUCUGAGGCACAGAAAGCGUUUUAAGGAGUAUGGAGCCUGCCGAGGAUCAACAGGGUUCAGAUUACAACAAUUGGUUGGGGCGUGUCUCUGUUGGCUCUUGUCAAGUGCAGCAGGACAGUUCUCAUGGAAACACAUGCAGCACAAGAAAAGUGAAACCGGGCAGUCAAUGGACAGCUCAGCAAUGCCGGAGACCUUCUCAGAGAGAGCGGAACUGAAUGACAUCAUUCAGCGGCUGAAGAAGGAUGGCUUUGAUCCAGGAGCCACAGCUGAUGAGCGUCUCCGACAUCUGUGGCGCUUGUAUCUGCGAUGUGAAGGCAGCUUGCUGUCUGUCACCAAAGAUCUGGAGAUGCUACGCUCACAGCAAGAUGCUGAGAUGAAGGAGGUGGAGAGCUAUGUGGAGCACAUUCGUAACCUGUCAGAGGAGAGGGAGACGCUGACAGCAGAGUAUGAGCGAGACAACGAGCAGCUCAGGAUUGACCUGCAGCAGCUGCGUCUUGAACGGGAAGCCCAGAUGAAGGAGGUUGAGGAGAUGCUGGACCAGGAAGGCCUGGCUGACAUUGCUCAUAGCAGCCCCAGUGAACAGAUUGCCUACCUGCUAGUAGAGAGGGCCACUUUGCUGGAGAAGCUGGAGAAUGCAGAGGGCAAGCUUGACUCCCAGAGUUACACAGGCAGUGUGCGAGAAGUGCAUCUACAGGAAGAACUAGACCAGAUUCGGCAAACUUUAGAAGAGGAACUGCGGCAGCAGAGGGAAUCCAUGCAGCGAACCAAAGAAACUAUGAACAAGGAUUUGCAGGCCCCCAGCCAGAGCCCCUGGAAGAAGCUGUUCGGUGUGCACAGGGCAGCACAGAGUACCCACGCUGGUGCUCCCACGUAUGAUGACGAGUUAAGCAGUGAGCGACGGCUCCGUGAGCGGCUCGAGAGAGACUUGGAUGAGGCGGCACGCCGGUUGUCCAUGGCACAUGAAGAGAUCCGCAGGCUCACUGAUGAGCUCGACAUUCUCAGGAAGGCACAUCAAAACGACCCAGAAGUGCUGAAGGCUCAACAGGAGGCAGACCGUCUGAGAGAAGAGGUGAAAAAAUUAAAAGAUGCAGAUCUACUGGAGCUGGAGAAGGCCAAGGAUCACAAUCAGAGGCUUGAUAAAGAAAACCUGGCUUUGAGAAACCGUGUCCGCUCCUUAGACUCACAAAGGAAGAUGUUGCAAGAAACGGUGGAACAGCUAAGGAACGACCAGCAAGCAGAAUCCUGUGAGACAGACAUACUACUAUCCCAGGCCAUAUCCGGCCUCCAAAGCCCACACCAAAUGGCUCCAAGUGAUUGUCAUGUGCAGAACAAUGCCUUAGAGCUGAAGUUACCAGAGGAGAUUCAUGCAAGGUGCCAGCAGGAUAUCAUUGAUAAAAACUGCCGCAUUGAGGAAGCCAACAGGAAGUUGCAGAAACUGCAAUUUGAACACGAGGAACUGGUAGAGCGAAAUGAAGAGCUAGAAUCUAUCCUUGGAGAAACGCAAAACAAAAUCAAGGAUGAAAAGGAGCAUUUUGAGAGUGAGGUGGAGGGAAUGCAACGGAAGAUUUCAGAUUUGGAAGCAGAAAUUUCCAGGCUGCGUAAGAAGCUGCAGGAGCCUAAUGGAUCUAGUGAUCUAUGUAAACAUUGUGUCAAGCAGGAAAACGUCAGGAAUGAGACUCGUGGUACCUACUGUCCACCAGAAGAGCUCAUCUGUGCAGCAGCUGGGCCACAGCUGAAGGCACCUUUGCCAAAGCAGCCAGAUGAGGAGAGAAGACGAGUGCAGCAGAACCUGACAACCGAGUCAAGUACAGUGGUGCAAGAUUUGAAACGAGAGCUACAAAAGCUGGAAGAGGAACGCAGUGCCAUGCGGGCUGUGUUAAGUGAGACACAAGCACAACUGGCCGAGCUCCAGAAACGUCUGAGUAAGGAUGCUGAGGAGAAGCGGCACCUGGCUACAGAACUGCACAUCACCAAACAGCAGCUGGAGUGCAGGAAGGAGGGGAGCCUGCUAGAGUCGGGACUGGACUGUGAAGAGAGUGGCAGCAGCAGUCAGCUGCUGGCGUUGCGAUUGGAAAUGGGCUGCCUACAGUCCACUCUGGAGGAAGAGCGGCUUCUGGCCAGUCAGCACCAAUUGGCUCUGCAGGCACAGAUCAGUGAAGCACAGAGCCGGAGUAAGUCCCAGGACUCCCUGCUGCAGCAAAGGGGAGAAGAGGUCAAGCAGCUCCGGCAUGACCUAAACAGGGUGCAAACCCUUUUCACUUCUGCUGAAAGAGAACUGCGUUAUGAGCGAGAGAAGAGUCUUGAUCUGAAGAAGCACAUUGCCCUCCUGGAGCAGGAGAAGACUCGAAUGACUGCUGAAUUAAAGAAGCUGCAGACGCGCCUGGUAGAACAAGAGCAGGCAAAUGUAUCCCUGAAUGCAGAUCUGGAGCGAAGACAUCAGAAAGUUAUGGAGCUAGAGUUAACAGCUGUAAGGAGGAGUGAGAGCAACCAGACACAGCAGAGCCUCCAGGAAGAACUGAUAUCUGAGAGGAAGAGACUUGCUGUCACAGAGAAAAAGGUCCAGGAGUUGCAGCAGCAACUCAAAGGUGUCCAACAUCAGCUACGUUUGGCUGAAACCCGCACCCUAGAGUUGGAGCGGAUGGAAGCAGAGAGCCGGACUGCUGCAGAUAGCCUGGCAUCAUACAGGAGUCGGCUGCAGGAUGAGCAGCUCCAGAGAAAACUGCUGGAACAAAAAAUAGAGGAACUGCAGCUCCAGGUUCAGACCUUACGAGAGAAGGAGAACACACUAACUUAUACCAAUAGUGAGCUGAGUCACAAACUGCAGCAGCAGGGGGCACGCCUCAGCAUUCUGGAGGAUGAGCACAGUCUCACUACGGAUGAGCACCAGCAAAGUCGAAAAGCUAACCAGAAACUGUAUGAGCAACUGGUGUGCUGCCAGCAGGAGUCGGAGAAGCUGCAGGAGGAACUGCAACAGGUGAUGCAACAGCUAGACUCCCAUAUCAGAAAGUACAAUGAGAAGCAGACACGGCACAAGAGUAAGCUGCGCAGAGCCAAGCAAGUUUUCCUGAAGGAAGUGGCGGAGAGGGACGUCAAGAUUAAAGAGCUAGAAGACAAGAUGGAUGUGGCUGCCAGUCUAUCUGAGAAGGAGCAGGAAUGGAUUCAGAGGCUCAAUGAAGAAAAUGAGAAGCUGCUUCACGAAAAGCGAGAACUUCUGAGACAGCUGAGCGAGGAAGAGGAACUCGGUCAAACCAGCGUCCGCAACGUGUGCACCGUGCAGCGGAGAGUUAACUUCCUAGAGGAGGAGAACCGACAACUGUAUGACAGGACGCUGCAACUUUCCAGUCAGGUGGGGGCGCUGGAGCGAGCCCUGAGGAGUAUCCAGUCGUUCUGUGGCACUGAGGAGCUGAAGAAAGCGCUCACCGGUGAAGGAAUCAUUGUGAAUGGAGGCCUUCUCCAAGCACCCAGCCUCAGCUUUCCAACAGGUAGCCUGAAUGUCCUGGAUAUUCUAGAAGUGAUCCGGAAGGUCAAGGCCAUGGAGCUGCCAGAGUGUCAGCAGACCCCAUUCUCCAGUCCACGCUCCCAGCCCAGUGACAUUGGCUACCUGAAUGUGACCCCAGCCGGCGCAUGCGCUAGGACUCCAGAACCGACAGAGAGCCUCAGCACAGGAAACGAGGGGGUCUGAUGGCAGAGACUGGCAGAAAGGAUUGGGCUGGGACUCACUGAGACAAUGGCAGUAAAUGACAGCUGGGACGGGGCAGCAAGAACAAACCUAAACAAUUAUUUUUUGGUAAAAGAACAGCAUGGCUUGUGCCAGGCCCACAGUUUACUUGGACAAAUGCCAUAAUGCUUUAAUAUUUUAUGGGCGGCAGACUUACCAAGUUCAGGCAUGCAGUUUGGACAUUUGCAUUGCAUCACAAAUGACAGAACAACUCUUGAAAUGCAGAACUAGAUUUACCCAAGAACAGGUCACGGCUACACAGUUAUUGUGGCUGCAGGAAGGAAGGGUGGCAAAAAUGCCACUCUUCCUAUUGCAGACAAUGCCAAAAUGUUUAAGUGUUUAACAAUGAGGACAAUGUGUUACCGUAGGGAGAUGCAGGGCGAGAGCAGCUUAGCAUUAGAGCCACACUCCCGGAUUGCUUGCUGAAAUAGCUGGAAGGGACGCAAGCUGACAGCAUGGCAGAGGACAGCAGUGACCCCAGCUGGCUUCCUACCCAAUACAACCCCUUUUUUCCAGCAUUCAUACUUGCAGAAAUCUGGCAACCUGGCUGAGCGCACAAGGAUCAAAGGGUGCAGAGAGGCUAGAGAAAUGGGCCUCUGAAGAGAUGCUGCCAUCUAGGCUCGAGGUGUAGAGCUUCAAAAAUGUGGCCUUCGUGCAUUCAGAGAAUCAGAGCAUCGCUCUGUUAAGAUGGAGGAGUCCAGAGCCAACCGAGAGCUCACAGCCUUGCUUUGAAGAAAUGUUUUAUUUAUUAUUAUUAAUUAUUAAAUGGCUGGCGGCUGCUUUCAAAGUUUGAGAGAAAUCAUUGGGACUUGUUUAAGGUCUGAGGUUGAUCUUGCAAACAGGGGUCUGGAGAGACUCCUAGGUUUGAAGCUCCUCUGCAUGAAUUUUUAAAAAUCAUGUAUUAUGCAAUGGAACUAACAAAUAUAAAGUGCACUUUGUAUUUUUUAUAAAAGUAAACUACUUCAUUAUCUGCU